CACCUUUCUUGAGACGCACGGAACCUCUAGAACCCUCCACCGCACCGUCACCAGCCACCACCACCUUCACCUGCGAAACCUUUCACCGUCACCGUCACACCUGACAUUGCUCUUUCAAUUCUCAUGCACGCUUCACCACUCCAUAUUUCCCGUCAUUAAACGCGUGUUUAAACGUACCUUGCAGCGCACGUUACACCUUAUUAUACGGCGGCAAAACCAUCACACACACCACCGGAACCCUAAUGUCGAUGGCGAACCUUUUCUUGACGCCCUCACCGUUGAUCUUCACCUCAAAAUCCACAAAAUAUUCUGAUUCUCGACCCAAAAAGUCUUUCCUUUAUACGCCGCCAACCUCCUCUUUCACAAUUCCCCUGACUCAUCGUCGUGUUGUUCAUAUGCAUGAUGCAGAACCGGUUUCUGCACUGGUUAAGGAACAUAAAGGUUUCGGUGGAAAAACGAAUUGGGCUGAGUUAUCCGGAUUGAGUUCAUUGUGGUUUCGGGAUGAUAAGGCGCAAACAGAUGAAAAGGAAAAGUUUCAAUGUCAGUUGGUGAAAGAAGGCAAUGUUGCAGAAACCGAAGACGACACGCGGGCUGCAAAAACAAGGAGUAAGAAAAGCAAGAAGAGGUCAUUAGGGACAAAGAUAUACACGGUUAUAGUUACAACUACGUUUUGCGUAGUCGUAACAGUUUUCUCCUUCGCUCUUCCAAAGAAAGUAUUGUCACGUCACACGAUUGUUCCAUACUCGGAUCUAGUUGGCGGCAUUCGUGACGGGAGUGUGAUACGCGUCCAGUUUGUGGAGAACUCGCGCGUGAUCUAUUACAACACCAAACCGACCGUUGACCAAGAAGCUGAAACUCCACAAACCGAAACAGGACAGAUGAGAUUAUCGAAAGCGUUCGAGCCCAAGUGGAAGUUUCAUACCAGAAACGUCGGAGAUGAAAAGCAUCAGCUUAUCAGGAUGCUUAAAGAUCACGGGAUAACAUACGGGUCAGACCCAGAACUUGUUUCCAAUUUGGUGAAGAACUUCUUUUUAAACAUGUUACAAUUAGCCCCGUAUUGGUUAAUGUUGGGUGUUCAAGGGUAUCAGCUUUACGUUCAACAUGGCCUUGGGAGAAUGAAGAAAAGAAAACCGAGUAAGAAACAAUCGGUAACGUUUGACGAUGUUGAAGGUGUCGAUUCUGCGAAAGCUGAACUUCUUGAGAUUGUUUCGUGCAUUAACGAAGAUAGUAAAUACAUGAAACUCGGGGCGAAAUUACCGAGAGGGGUUUUGCUUGCGGGUCCUCCAGGAACCGGAAAAACUUUGCUGGCCCGGGCUGUGGCAGGGGAAGCCGGAGUCUCGUUUUUUUCCAUUUCCGCUAGCGAAUUAGUAGAGGUUUUUGUUGGUACAGGAGCUGCUCGUGUUAGAGAUAUCUUCCAAGAGGCGAGAAAACACGCACCGUCUAUUAUUUUCAUCGACGAGAUUGACGCUGUUGGUGGCCAACGCGGAAGAACUUUGAAUUGCGAACGUGACCAGACGUUAAACCAGCUUUUGACCGAGAUGGACGGGUUCGAUAAGGAUGCAAGUGUGGUGGUUAUAGCGGCUACUAACCGGCCCGAGACACUGGAUUCGGCUUUGAUGAGACCGGGUCGGUUUUCCCGGAAAGUACUCGUCGGUGAACCCGAUGAAGAAGGUAGACGAAAGAUUUUCGCUUUAUAUAUGCGAGAUGUCCCGAUGAAGGAAGACAAAGAAGCGAUAUGUAGUCUUGUUGCUUCACGUACCGCGGGGUUAGUUGGGGCCGAUCUUGAAAACAUAGCUCACGAAUCGGUACUACUUGCCGCCCGUAGAGAUGGUGAUUUUGUGACGAGUGACGAUGUUCUUCAAGCCGUCGAGAGGGCCACGAAGAAGAUCUAUGCUGAUGCUGAUGAUGCUAACGAAACUAAACCGCCGUAUUCUUCUAGAUCAAUGACGCAAGCACCCGCGCAGUACGAGGGUGGAGCCAUGGGGUUCGGGUUCCGUUAACCGGGCGGUUACAGUUCCUUAAAACAUUGUUCAUUUCAUCUUGGUUUUUAUAAUGAGUCUGGUUAUAUUCUCCCAAAUAUAUAUUUAUCUGGUUGUGGAGAUAUAGUUAGUUAAAGAUAACCUAUAAACAUUAGUCAUUUCAUUUUUUUUAAACUAUAUAAUUGUGGUUGAAUCAUCAAA